UGUACACAUUAGGCUUUCUAAAAAAAAAGCCGACGACGCGUAAAUUUCUACAGCACGCACGCUGCGGCAUUAAAGCCGCGCCGUAUGUCCGCACAAAAGAAUGACGGCGAAAAGGAAUUAUGCAUAAUUUAUGAGAAGAUUAUGAGAAGAUGAGCCUCCUCCGUUUGACUUAUCCUCGUUAAACGGAAGGUCAAAACAAAACAUCGUGAUCUCUCAAGUUCUAAAUUAACUCGUUAGAAUUCCAAAUGUACGCCUUCGAUUUUUGAUAAAGAGAUAUCUAAAACAAGACUCAAAUUAUAGUUAUAUGGCCCACGCUGCAAGGCAUUAUUCAAGAUUGGAAGUUGCCUGUAGUAUUGAUAGCGACACAUCAGUAUUUGCAAAAAUUAGUCUUCAGUUUUUAGAACCAACAAGUUAUAGAUUAAAUUUUGAAAAAAAAUUGAUACUUAACUUAAAAUCAAAAGUUUUUAGUGGUGUCCAGAUUGAUCUUUCAAAAGUUUCUGUUUAUACUUUUUCGAUUGAACAUCAGUUUUAACUGAUUAUUAUAAUCAUGUCUAAAAAAGUGGAAUAUCCAAUGCUAAAAUAUGUUAGCUUGGUCACACUUACAUUACAAAAUGCCCUUGUUGGGCUUAGUAUGCGAUAUGCUCGUACACGGUCUGGUGAUAUGUUCCUAUCUUCCACAGCUGUUUUUAUGGCAGAAGUUGUGAAACUAAUAACUUGUUUGGUUGUUGUUUUUCUUCAAGAGGGUAGUUUCAAUAAAUUCCUAAAUGCCCUUAACAACACGAUUAUCAAAAAUCCUAAAGAUACAUUGAAAGUAUGUGUACCAUCUAUGGUAUAUGUUAUCCAAAACAACUUAUUAUAUGUUUCUGCAUCCAAUUUGGAUGCUGCUACUUACCAGGUAACUUAUCAACUGAAAAUUUUGACUACAGCAUUUUUUGCUGUUGCAAUACUGAAGAGAUCUCUUUUAAAAAUCCAAUGGGGAGCAUUAGUUAUGCUGCUACUUGGAGUGAUAUUAGUGCAAUUGGCUCAAAGUAGCCCAAAAACAGUGGAAUCUGGGAUCGAACAGAAUCAUCUAUUAGGAUUUUCUGCAGCUUUAACUGCGUGCUUCCUAUCUGGAUUUGCAGGCAUUUAUUUUGAAAAAAUUCUUAAAGGUUCAGACAUAUCAAUAUGGAUGAGGAAUGUUCAACUAAGUUUGUUAUCGCUACCGAUAGGAUUUGUAACUUGCUAUCUAAAUGAUGGCCCAGUUAUUCAAAAACAUGGAUUUUUCUUUGGAUACGAUGGAUUUAUCACUUACUUAGUAAUACUACAGGCAUGUGGAGGAUUAAUUGUAGCUAUGGUUGUUAAGCAUGCAGACAAUAUUUUGAAAGGAUUUGCUACUUCUCUCGCGAUAGUCAUAUCAUGCGUUGCUUCUAUAUACUUAUUUGAAUUUCAAUUAACUUUCAAAUUUGCUUUAGGAGCAGCUUUUGUAAUUUGUUCAAUCUUCAUGUACAGUCAUCAACCUGCUGCUCCCAGUAAACGUUUAUCUACUGAAAGAGUAUGAGGUUGGUUGUUCUUUAGAUUGAUUUGAUAUGUAGCCUAGCUCAAAACAUCAAAUCAAAUCUAAAGAUUAAAAGUUGUUAAAAAAAUAUUUUGUAAAAAUAUAGGAAUCUAUGAAGUAAUCUCAUUACAGUAUUAAUUUUUCAUGAAAGAUAACAUUUUCUAUAUAUUUUUAUAUUUUAAAUCAGAGAAUGUUAGAUUUUUUAACACUGUAAUUCAAUUAGAUAAUUAAAUCAAUCAAACUAAAUAUAUUUAUAAAAUAUGUAGAUAAACAAAUUUCUCAUAACUAAAAAGAUAAUUACUAUUAAAUUAAUUAUUUUAUUUCUUGUGACGAAAAAUUUUCUACAGAUUUGAUUGAAUAAGUGUUAGUGAAAAUUUUUAUCUGUACUUAAAAAAUUAAAAAAAUAGAAUUAUCAUUUAUAAGUUAAUUUAUAAGAGCAAUUGGUAUGUAUGGGUGGAAUAGAAGGUUCAUCAUCUGUUUAUAUUUUAUUUUAAUGGUUUAAAUUAUAUUAAUAUUUAAAAAAAUUUUAUACUAAGAUUAAUGAAAGUAAUCAAUUGACUUUAUUAUUGUAAAUAUACUAUAAAAACAACCAAUUAUGCAUUUACAUAACAUUAAAGGUGCAUAAAAACUACUGAU